AUGGAGAAAACAAUCAUCACUGAAGAUAACGGAGUAGUUUUGUUAAAAGACGAGCAUCUUAUUCACUUUUCUCUAUUCCAAUUCUAUCCCAACAUUACAGAGGACCCAUUUGUCAUGGACACGGUAUCCAAGGCGUCCAUGUUGGCGUUGUGUGAAUGGAUUGACUAUCGGGACAUUAAUCGAAUGAUUAACAGAGUUGGUGAAUUCGAAAAGGACUUUCUUGAUGCACAUCGGAGUGAAUUUGCAGAUUUGAUGGAUGCGGCAGAAACACUGGGAUUUCAAGCAUUUUUGGAUGUGUACAACAGCUUGCUUUAA